AAUUUAGAUCCCAAAAUCCCAUAUAAUUGGAUUUCGACAAAGAAAGCCUGAUUGUCCACAACGCAUACAGAAAGAAAUGAUACUACCCAUCAGGGAAAACAUCCAGUGUGGGCGAUAAUAUGGAUCUCCAGGUUAUGAGCCAAUAGAAUUUACGGCAUAAAGUGUAACGGUUAGUCUUGAAGAAAAACAAAUAAAACGCUGGUCCAAUAAGAAUACUAUUUAUAAGAAGAAAGGCGAUAAUUUCAAGGCUAAAUCCAAAUGCCGUCUAUGGACGGCAGCAGCAUGGUAGCUUUCAAAACAGUGCUUUUGAAUAGGAUCAGGGCCUCUAUUAUUUUGAAAUUCAAAUGAAAAUGUUGAAAAAUUUAAUUAUAAAUUGAACAAAUUUGAUGGGUUCAAAUACAAGACGACACAAACAUAAGCCACGGACUGUUAGGAUAUUCUGAUGAAUAUAACUGUGAAAUUCACAAACUGAGAAAAGAAUUGGUAGGUCUGGGUGGGCAAGGGAACCGAAUAUGCGCACAAAGUUCUUCUUGAUACCAUUCAUGAAUCAGCUCCAUACUCUGCACCAAUGUCAUUCAUCCACAUUUUUUCUGCUGGUCUAGAUGGUCUAUAUAUAUGUUUCAGAAAGAUGAACAAUUUUCUUCAACAGAUUGUAUCAUAUUCUGUGUUUUGCGUGUUUUUGGAAAUAAAUUUAGGCAUUCCUAUUUCACAUGUUCAGUAUACUGCGUUCUGGGUAUCUCUUAGUUGUGAGAAGAAUGCUAUUUUAUAUGUCCUCUAAUAGAUUGGAUAGUAUGAUAAAAUACCCAUUUAUUGGACUGGCCUAUAGUUCUGCUGGGUAUACAGUUUUGAAGCUAUCUAGGGAAAUACAUAUUUCUAAUGAAAUCAUCUAAUUCUUCUAAAAAUUUCUCAGGCUAGGAUUCCUGUUUGCCCUUUUGAUUUGAUUGAACUGGCCUAUAGUUCUGCUGGGUAUAUAGUUUUGAAGCUAUCUAGGGAAAUACAUACUUCUAAAAAAUUAUCUAAUUCUUCUGAAAAGUUCUCCGGCUAGAAUUCCUGUUUGCCCUUUUGAUUUGAUUGCUACCAGUUCUUCUUUGGUUGAUAACAUGGAUUACACUAGCAUUGGUGGCAGUAGUAAUAGUAGUCGUAGUAGUAGUAGCAAUGUAUCUGACCAGACUAAUGCAAGUCUUACUUUGGAGCAACAGAGGAGUGUGGUAAAUGAGGACGGACAUCAGAUUGUGGUGGCAAUAGUGGAUGCAUCAAAGGAGAUUACUUUGGGCGUAUUGAAAUGGGUGUUAGAGAAACUUCAAUUAAAACCCGGGGAUAAAUUCAUAUUCCUCGGGGUCCUUCAGCAGAUUAACACUCCUAGUAUGUAUAAUUUUACGAAAAUAUUGGGUACUUCUAGUCGACCAUUAUUGGGGAGUAAAACAAGAGCAGAUCCAAAUUCACAGACAGGAUACAAUAUGAAUGUACUGAUCGAGGAAGAGAGACAAAGGAAAAAGGAAGAGUUUGAUAGAAACGAGGAACUUAUGAAUAUUCAAAGGCAAUGUGAAAUGAAACAGAUUCAAUAUCAGGUAGAAGUUAAGGCAGGGGCUUCAACAAAAGUUAUAGCAGUGGAUGGCAUCAAAGCUUGUGAACCUCAACCCACACUUGUAAUACUGGACAGGCACAUGAAGGAGAAGAAAUAUUUCUUGGAGAAACUGAAAUGCAAUAUUUUACGGGUGAAGCGGAACAACACCAUAGAGAUGCUACGCGGACCAUUCAAAGCAUCUUUCACAUACGAUGAAAUGUUACCAGAAUUAAGUUAUAGUUCAUUUCAUCUAACAACCCCUGUCAACACUAAUGCGGCCAAAGAUGAUCAAAAAGUACAAUUCGAGCUACCAGUUAGGAUUGAAGAUACGAUUUCAAAAGCAAAAUCGAUGAAUAAUUUAUGUUGCCCUUCUGGAUCUCCUGUACCAGACAUUGCAUUGGAUACAAAUGCUGAUAAUCCAAUGCAAAUUCUCAGAUCGAAAAGCGAUUCUAAACUGGACAUCAAUAAGGCAGCUGAUGCUACAACAAAUGUUGAUCAAGUUUCACCAGUGCAAUUUACACUAUCACACCUACUCAAUAGUGAGAGAAGCACAGAAACUAGUGAAAGCAGUAAUCUCUCCGCAAUUCCAGGUCAAGACCUAGUCCGGGAAUUGUCAACUGUCGAUUCACUCUCGCACUCAUUAAACCCGAAAAUCACAAACACAGAAGUCCCAAGCUCUAGCUCCAGUUACAAAAUUUCUGAGUGUGAGAUAUGCAAAUACAGGUCUCCAAAUAUUGGCAGAGAACUCAAGUCAUUUGAUUAUUCAGAAAUUCAAGCAGCUACCAAUAAUUUUUCCAGUGAGAAUUUCAUUUCUGAAGGUGGGUUUGGGCUGGUGUACAAAGGUAGGCUGGAAGAUGGACAGCAUAUUGCAGUUAAGCAACACAAAGAAGCAAGCUCACAGGGAGAAAAAGAGUUCAGGUCUGAAGUUGAAGUUCUGAGCUAUGCUCAACACAAGAAUUUGGUAACUCUGCUGGGAUUUUGUUCUCAAGAUAACCACCGCCUACUUGUGUAUGAGUAUGUUUGCAAUGGGUCUCUUGAUAAACAUCUUUCCAACAAAGCAACGCCAUUGCAGUGGAAGUAUAGGAAGAAAAUUGCAGAGGGAACGGCCAGAGGAUUGAGAUAUUUGCAUGAGGAAUGCAGAGGAGGUUGUAUUGUUCACCGUGAUAUGCGUCCUAAUAACAUCCUUGUUACCCACGACUUUGAACCUAUGGUUGGAGAUUUUGGAUUAGCCAGGUCACAGAAACCUUUGGAAGCAGACAACGAGACUAGAGUUGUUGGCAGUUUUGGAUAUUUGGCUCCAGAAUAUGCAGAGAGUGGAAAGGUUUCCACAAAAACGGACGUCUACUCUUUUGGCAUGGUGUUGUUGGAGCUGAUUACAGGACGUAAAGCCCUUGAUAGGACACUUCCUGGCCAGAGCCUUCUAGCAUGGGCACGCCCUUUGUUGGAUGAUCGGAGAUAUCAUGAGCUUAUAGAUCCUCUUCUCAUGGAUUCACAUGACGUCCAUGAAUUAUAUUGCAUGGUUCGUGCAGCAGGCCUUUGCCUUCGCAAGGAUCCUACAUCCCGACCCACAAUGAAUCAGGUGGUAAAGAUUCUAGAAGGCAGCAUGAUGAAUCAAUUGGAGGAAGACUCUCCAACAAUGGGUGGUAGUGAAUCAUUUAUACAAAUGAUAGAAACCUCCCCUUCAGCUGAAGAGCGUUCUUCGCAGAGUGGGAGGAAAUCUCAUGCAAAGAAGAAAUCCUCUUUCACUUAUUAUGAAAUGCUGUAGAUGGUUCUAGGAAAUGGAAGAUUAAAUAAAAUAUAAUGGAGAUGGCAAAAUACUUGAUAGUGUUGAAAAGGUUCUUUAUGCCAAAAAGUUGGCAUUAAGUCUAAUCUUUUAAGGGAGGAGAAGCAUGUUUUAUGAGGUCUCAAAACAGACUGUAGACAUGCAGUUCUUUGCAGUACUUCAGUUGAUUUUUACAAAAAAAUUCUUCACAACUAAGAAGGAGGUUUUUCCUGUUUCGGUAAUUUUGUCAGUCACAUUUUGUCUUUCGGGUAUUUAGUUUACACUAAACAUUGAUAGAGGAUAUAUUGAGAGACUGAACAUUAAAAUGGAGGGAGGUUACUGUCUGAUCCAAAUCAAUAGAAUGCACUAUUAUUCAUUGUAUGGUUGCAACUUUUGGUAAGAUGAAAAACAAUGAUUAAUAGAAAUAUAUGUAAGAAACUAUUUGUAAGAUGAACAUUAAGAGGAUGGAUAUCUAAGCCAAACAUAAUGAAAAUUUGGGGCAAAAUAACAGAAAAUUUUGCUUACAAAAAUUUUGUAUAGGGCAGU